AUGGAAGUUUUUGAACCAAUCAAUGUAUCCGAUUUCGGAAACUCAUCUCCUGCAAACCAUGAUGGAAACACGACCUCGCUUUGCACGUGGUAUCUGCCGCCAUUUGAAUGGCUCAAACUCGUCACGCUUUUCGCCGGUGUGGCCGGGAACGGUCUAACAGUGGUCGCCAUAGCAACGGACAGGAAACUUCACACGAAGACCUACGCAACCAUUGCCGCCAUUGCUGUGGCAGACUGUGUGUACUGCACUGUGGCUGUCCUAUGGAGCACGCUGUUGUUUGCUUACCUUGACUACUCCAACUACCGGCAGUACCGGAAGUGCAUCAACGACUUCCUGUUCCUGUUACUGAACACGGUAGUUAGUGUUCUUUUCUCAGCCUCCUACCUCGCCUCCAGUCUUUCAAUCUCUCUCCUCUCCAUCGUUCGAUUCGUCAUCCUCUCUCUUCCCCUCAAGGCCAACACUAUUCUCCGGAAAUCUUCCCUCGUCUUCAUAAUUAUCCUGAUCUGGUUCCUGUCCAUCGCUCUGGCCGUCUGCAAGAUCAUCCCUUUUACGUUCAUCUCCCGGAAAAACAUCAACCUUGUCGACCUCUUCUUCACCUUCAUCAUCCCGCUCCUGACAAUCAUUAUCUUCCAUGGAAUAAAGAUCUUCACUUUGAGACAGUCCGAGUACCGAAAGACGGAAGUGAAGAAGAUGGAACGCCUCGUGGUCGCUAUCAUUCUCCUCUUCUUCGUGUGUAACUUACCGUGGCAGGUUCUACGUCUACUCGCUCAGUACAAAGUCUUUGUCCCCGGGUACCUGCUGCAAACUACGAUGGGAUACCUCCUUCAGUUUAACAACUGUGUAAAUCCGGUGUUCUAUGCCUUUUUAUCACCACGAAUUCGGCACAGUAUAUGCAUUCUGUUUUGUCGAUUUAGAGCCAAUGAGUGAUGUUUUCAAGGCUUGCAAGCGGUUAAUUUUUUUUCGAUUGUAUUGAUUAGAUGAAGUGACGAUCGAUCAAUUGAUCUAUUUAUAUUUGCAGGAUUGGUAAUUUAGUUAACGAUUGACAGGAUGGUUUUAAUUGAUUGGUGAAUUAAUAAGUUUAUUGACUAGCUGAUUCCAUGAUUGAUUGACUAAUUUCAUGAUCGAUUGACUGAUUUCAUGAUUGGUUGACUGAUUUCGUGGUCGAUUGACUGAUUUUGUGAUUGAUUGACUGACUUCGUGAUUGAUUGACUGAUUUCAUGAUGGAUUGACUGAUUUCGUGAUUGAUUGACUGAUUUUGUGAUUGAUUGACUGAUUUCUUGAUUGAUUGACUGAUUUCAUGAUGGAUUGACUGAUUUAAUGAUUGAUUGACUGACUUUGUGAUUGAUUGACUGACUUCGUGAUUGAUUGACUGAUUUCAUGAUGGAUUGACUGAUUUAAUGAUUGAUUGACUGAUUUCAUGAUUGAUUGACUGACUUCGUGAUUGAUUGACUGACUUCAUGAUUGAUUGACUGAUUUCAUGACUGAUUUAUUGACAGGAUGAAUUGAAAAGUUUGUUGAUUUUGAUGAUUUUGAUUUAUUAAUUGAUUUAUUGAUUUCAUGAUUGAUUGACUGAUUUCAUGAUUGAUUUAUUGAUUUCGUGGUCGAUUGACUGAUUUCGUGAUCGAUUGACUGAUUUCAUGAUUGAUUGACUGAUUUCAUGAUUGAUUGACUGACUUCGGGAUUGAUUGACUGACUUCAUGAUUGAUUGACUGAUUUCAUGAUUGAUUUAUUGAUUUCGUGGUCGAUUGACUGAUUUUGUGAUCGAUUGACUGAUUUCAAGAUUGAUUGACUGAUUUCAUGAUUGAUUGACUGAUUUCAUGAUUGAUUUAUUGAUUUCGUGGUCGAUUGACUGAUUUCGUGAUCGAUUGACUGAUUUCAUGAUUGAUUGACUGAUUUCGUGAUUGAUUGACAGAUUUCAUGAUUGAUUGACUGAUUUCAUGAUUGAUUUAUUGACAGGAUGAAUUGAAAAGUUUGUUGAUUUUGCUGAUUUUGAUUUAUUAAUUGAUUUAUUGAUUUCAUGAUGGAUUGACUGAUUUCAUGAUUGAUUUAUUGAUUUCGUGGUCGAUUGACUGAUUUCGUGAUCGAUUGACUGAUUUCAUGAUUGAUUGAUUGAUUUCGUGAUUGAUUGACUGUUUUCGUGAUUGUUUUACUGACUUCGUGGUUGAUUGACUGAUUCCAUGAUUGAUUGACUGAUUUCAUGAUUGAUUUAUUGACAGGAUGAAUUGAAAAGUUUGUUGAUUUUGCUGAUUUUGAUUUAUUAAUUGAUUUAUUGAUUUCAUGAUUGAUUGACUGAUUUCAUGAUUGAUUUAUUGAUUUCGUGGUCGAUUGACUGAUUUCGUGAUCGAUUGACUGAUUUUGUGAUUGAUUGACUGAUUUCUUUAUUGAUUGACUGAUUUAAUGAUUGAUUGACUGAUUUAAUGAUUGAUUGACUGAUUUCAUGAUUGAUUGACUGAUUUCAUGAUUGAUUUAUUGACAGGAUGAAUUGAAAAGUUUAUUGAUUUUGCUGAUUUUGAUUUAUUAAUUGAUUUAUUGAUUUCAUGAUUGAUUUAUUGACAGGAUGUGUGUGAUGGAACGAUUGAUAUUGUCCUGCUUUUUGUCAUCAUAAAAUUUUGUUUAUGAUGAAACCUAUUGAAACGACGUUAUAUUUUUUUUUUCAGUUGACAUCAUAUAGCUUCAUAACAGCACUGUAUACCAUACAAUAAGUAAGGUUUCUCAAUGAAGAAUGGGCGGUUGGAACAAAGCUAAGAUUCACUAAGUAACAUCAAACUGAGAACGUAAUUAAUCUCCUUUUUCAUUGGCUGGUCUAAAUUUUUGAGCCAAUGAAAUGUAGAUAGCCUUCGUUUCUUAAAGAUGAUGGUAGAAAAUUUGAUCUCACUGUUAACAUACACUUGGAAAAGUUUUUAAUUUAAAAAUAAAUUCCAAAAAUUUAGAGCAUCAGUUACUAAAGCACAUCAAGCGAACGGGCUUCGUUAUGAAUAGUCAUGUUCUAAUUAAGUAAAGUUAUUUUUUUAUCCAAUAAGUAUUACGUAAUAUUCACUGUAAUUUUCGUUGCUUUGGUCGAGGAUAAAGAAACUGUUUACAUGCACUGGUUUACUCAGCUAGAACGAUGGAUAGCUCACAAUUUGUAUCUUUAUAGUGUGAAAUAUUUAUCGAAAAACAAUUAUGACCAAAAUUAAGAUGAAUGGAUGUCAAAAAUAAAGAAAUGUCCUCUUAUUUGUGAAAGUAAUGUUAUGUCGCGGCAUGUACAUGAACAUUUUAUCUUGAUGUCCGAUUUAUAUUUCAUCUUUAUUAUUCUUAUAUGUAUAAUUGUUUAAUUUUGUUAUCUUUGAGCUAAAUUCGAACUAUCGUAUUUCACGUCUUUUUACUUUGAAAUUUAGUUGUUGUUGGUCAGUUUUGAUUAUAUGAAAUAGGACAUAAAAAAUAUGGUGCAGCAAAACUAUAUGAGGUUCUUCAACUUAAAAACUUUCAUUAUAGCAUUGAAUCAUG